UAAAAUCUGACCUCCCCGAUAGCCCCCGGUGUCGAGAAAGAGAAGAGGGGACGAUGGAGAACGGGAACCAUGAAAUACCUGAGAACGCCAACGAGCAUUGCCCGGGGCCGCAGUCGGAGUCGGCGGGGAAGGCGGAUGCUUGCGCGGGAUGCCCUAAUCAACAAAUAUGCGCCACGGCUCCAAAAGGCCCUGACCCUGACUUGGUCGCUAUAGUGGAGAGAAUGGCUACUGUUAAACACAAGAUACUGGUUCUGUCUGGGAAGGGUGGGGUUGGAAAAAGCACAUUCUCAGCCCAGCUUUCUUUCGCAUUGGCUGACAUGGACUACCAGGUUGGCCUCCUUGACAUAGAUAUUUGCGGACCCAGCAUCCCCAAGAUGUUGGGCCUUGAAGGGCAGGACAUCCACCAAAGCAACCUCGGCUGGUCCCCGAUAUACCUCGAAUCAAACCUCGGGGUCAUGUCCAUUGGGUUCAUGCUUCCCCACCCUGACGAGGCUGUCAUAUGGAGGGGUCCUCGCAAGAAUGGACUCAUCAAGCAGUUCCUUAAGGAUGUGCAUUGGGGAGAGCUGGAUUAUCUCGUCGUCGAUGCUCCUCCUGGGACAUCAGAUGAGCACAUUUCAAUCGCACAGUUUCUGCAAGCCACUGGAAUAGAUGGUGCAAUAAUUGUAACCACUCCACAACAAGUGUCUUUGAUCGAUGUGCGUAAAGAGAUUAGCUUUUGUAGGAAGGCUGGCAUCCAGGUUUUGGGUGUUGUGGAGAACAUGAGUGGUUUGAGGCAGUCGAUCUCAGAUCUCAAGUUUGCAAAAUUAAGCGAUACUGGAGAUGAGAUUGAUGUAACAGAGUGGGCACUGAAUUAUAUCAAAACAAAUGCUCCUGAGCUGCUUUCCAUGGUUGCAUGUAGUGAGGUUUUUGAUAGUAGUGGAGGUGGGGCUGCAAAGAUGUGCAUGGAUAUGGAAGUCCCAUUUCUUGGUAAAGUGCCAAUGGAUCCACAGCUCUGCAAGGCAACUGAGGAAGGGCGGUCAUGUUUUGCUGACCAGAAAUGCAGUACAAGUGCACCUGCUCUGAGAAGGAUCAUUGAGAAACUGGUUGCAGCUCACCAAUAGUUGUGAGAUUUUAAUGCAAAUUUGCUGUUCUGCAGCUUUAAUAGCUGUUUAUUCACAGUUUUGUGUUUUCUGGGAUUUUCUUUUCAUCUGUUCAUCUUAUAAAAAAUAAGUACUGCAAUCCACUUUAUGUUACACGAAGGCUUUGUACUUUUGUAGCUGUUAUGCUUUGAUCUUGUAUAAAAUGGAGGAAAUGUUAAUCAGGAUUAUGAAUCUUUGUUCUCA